AAACCCAGUGUCCAGAAGGCUCCUUCGGGCUGGAAUGUGACCAGAGCUGUGGCUGUGCGGAGGACGAGAUCUGUAAUAUAGUCUCGGGAGUGUGUGCUGCAGGCUGUGCAAACCGCAAGAGGUAUGGCUUUAACUGUAUACGCACGUGCAGUACCAACUGUUUCCUGGAGGCCUGCUUCUACAGAACCGGCAUGUGUCUGCAGUGUCAGGAUGGCUACGGUGGGCCUUUUUGUGAUACAGAUUGCCAACCAGGAACGUUUGGGCAGAGAUGUGCCUCCAAUUGCUCCAAACACUGUCGUGAAACCUGCAAUAUUCACAACGGGGAGUGUUCCUGCCACGCACCCUACCGCGGACCACAGUGUACAGAAUGCCCGCCAGGAACGUUCGGACCCAACUGUACAGACGUGUGCCCAACAUCGUGCAAAAAUCACAAGUGUCACCAGGUCUCUGGCAUGUGUCUUUCCUGUACUGGUGGUCGUUUCGGGCCCUUCUGUCAAGAUUGUCCAAAUGGCUUGUACGGACGAGGAUGUUACCGGACCUGCUCGGUGUAUUGCUUGAAAAGGACUUGUGAAUCAACAAGCGGAAAUUGUCCCGUGUGUACAGAUGGGUAUACUGGCCCACAGUGUAUUGGUACUUGUCUGUUUGUGUGA